GAAGUUCUAGGGCUGGGGUUUAGCUUUUGCAGAUUGUAAUGCAGGGAAAGGGGGCGCCCACAAUGCCAGAGCCCGCUUUAGCUUAGCUAAGCCGCAGCUAUGGGGGACAAGUGGUCUCCAAACGUUGCCUAGUGCAGUGGGAAAGUGCGCUAGCCAUUGGAGCCUGUAGCAAAUGAGCUAAUGCAGCCCAAGGGCGUUACACGGAGGUGCAACAUGGCGCUGCUUCAAGAGGUGCAUUUGGGAGACUGUGGGACGCAAACAGCCUUCAAGAUUCUGAAUGCAUCUCCAGGUCUGGGGUUGUGCUGCCCCCCUGGUUGGGCCGCAGGUGGCUGUGGUCGAUAUCACUGGAGGAAGAGAAAGCACCUGAGGAGCAAUCCAGGCCCCCAAUGUUUCGCCAUGUCUGGAAGCAUCGAAGAUAAGUUGAUGCUCUCAACAAAUGUGGCUGCUCCUGGGCUAGCUGACAGCGCCCAUGCAAAACAAUCGAGCACCUUUCACAAAAGGCGCACCACCACCGAAGAGAGGCCAAAAACAGACAACACUAAGUUUGUCAAACCCAAGACUGUGGGCCACUCUCCGGUGCCCCCUGCCCCCAAGCUGAAAAGUAGACCAAACAAGGAGAGGGAGUGCAAUUCCCUGUUGUCUCAAUGUACACGCACUGACGAGGUUUUCAGAGUUGUGGAUACGCUUGGCCCCACUUUCACCACCGUCAAUGCUGUGACGGCCUUUUAUACAUUAGCACGGUUGAGCAAGGGCCUGCGGCCGUCCCAGAAAGCAGCCCUCCGCAGCGACCCCCGGAUGCGCCGGGUCGCUCGGUUGGCGCACUCCAAGAUCCUCGCCUGUGGCUGGCGCAGCCUCGCCAACCUGGCCUGGGCGGAGGCCCAUCUCCAGAUUGGCGGUCCCAGCUUCUUUGAGGCAAUUGCGGAGGCUGCCGUACAACUGCCCCUGGAGCGCCCCCCCAAACCCCAGGAGCUGGUGGCACUCGUCUCGGGUUUCGCUCGCUGCGGCACGUCCGCUCCGGCCAUGUUUCAGCGUGUUGCGGAACUCGUCGAGCCGUGUGUAGCUGACUACGAUGGCUGGCAGAUCGCCCAGCUGGCCUGGGCGUUUGCCAAGGCGAGUCCGCAGUCCACAGACGUGGGGCUCUGGGCUGCCCUCCAGGGAGAAGCGCUGCGCCGCCUAGACACGCUCACCCCGCAGAGCCUCAGCCUGCUGCUCGGGUCCUGGACGGAGGUGGGCGUGGCUGACGAAGACUGCUUCGACCGCAUUGCGGCCGCCAUUGCGCCUCGUGUUCAUGAGUACCCCCCCGUCGACAUCUCCUUCACUGCAAGGGCCUUCGCCAAGACGGGGCGCGACUAUUCGCCUCUGAUGGCCGCCUUGGCGGAGCGCAGCAAGGCCGUCGUGCACGACUUCGCUCCCGAGAACUUAGCGGCCCUCAUCUGGUCGUUCGGCGCCGCCCGCUACUACGACGAGGACCUGCUGCGCACGCUCCUUGCGGCCCACACGCCCACGGUCGCUGCUCUGACGCCACUCGAGGCCAGCAACCUGCUCUGGGGCCUGGCCAUGCUGCGCUACUUCGACCCCGCGUUCCUGGACGCCAUGGCGGCCUCCGUGUGCGUGCGCGUGGCCGAGUUCGAGGACACGCACCUGGCGAGCGUGCUCUUCGCGUAUGCCUCCUUCGGGGCCGCCGGGCCGCCCGACUUCCUGCCCACGCUCGCACGCGAGGUACUCCGCCGAUUGCGAACCGGUGCUGAGUUCAAGCGCGCGUCGCUGGUGAACAUUGCGUGGGGGUUCAUGGUGCUGGGCUGCUACCCCCCCGCCCUGUUCGCUGCCAUGCGGCCCGCGCUGUACCGCGGCCCCUUCCUCGCGCACGAGGCCGCCAAGCUGCACCAGCUCGAGCUCGCGCUGCGCCUCGAGGCGCCCACCAUUGCGCCGCCCCACCCGCCGGGCGACGUGGCCGCUCUCCUGGAAGACCUCUGGCAGCAGGGCGACGCUAAGUACCGCGCCAAGCUGUAUUGGGCCAAGAUGAACCAGGGGGCCCAGGUGGUGACGUCGGCGCUGCAGCGCGACGUGCACGCGUCCUUGGAGCGGCUGGGCGUGGCGGCGCACGAGGAGUACGCGGACGGCGACCACGUGCUCGACAUUGCGCUGCCCGCGCAGCGCAUCGCCGUCGAGGUGGACGGGCCGCACCACUUCGCCGCCAAUGCGCGCCGCACCCCGCUCGGGCCCACGCGCCUCAAGCACCGCCUGCUGCGCAGGCGCGGUUGGCGCCUCAUCACGGUGCCCCAUUACGAAUGGGAGGCGCUGAGCGGCGACGAGGCGCGGGAUGAGCACAUGCGGCAGCGCCUGGAGCCCCUGGUGCGCGCCGCGCAGGAAGACGCGGCAAAGGAGGCACCCGCCCCAGCCGGGCAGCCACCUGCAGAACAGAGCGGGCGGCCGUCAUCAGAUGCGCCCGCCAACAACCACCAGGAGAGACGACCAAGCCAAGAAGCGCAGGCGGAGAUACUGGCACGCUCGGAGAAGCUGAAAAUGCUGGCGGCGUCGAGGGGCAAAACGGGCAAAAUAGACAUGUUGAAAAGGGCAGCCGUUCGACGUGCUCUGUUAUCAAAAGGCGGGACUAAAGACAGCGACUUGGACUCGAAUCAAGCUACAGGUGAUUGACUGGCUGCAGGUCUUACUGUCCUGACCAUUUCUGUCGAGUUGGCCGACAUGUUGAAUUAUAGCCUGA